GCUGCAUCACUUUUAAGUAGAAAACAGUAUAUUUCACCGACGUGUGUACAGUUUCUUAACAACAAACCAAGAUGUUUAUGGAUGAGAGAAUUGUAACCCUUUUCAAAAGGAAUGCACAUCACACACUAACUUAUUGGAGUCUUUUCUUCAGCUUUGGACUCUGCAUUGCUUUCCUGGGACCCACAAUUUUGGAUUUGCAGUCUCAAACCAACUCGACGCUCAGUCAGAUUACCUGGGUUUUCUUUGCUCAGCAGUUCUGCCUGCUGAUCGGCAGCUCGAUUGGUGGUGUUUUCAGGAAAACGCUGCUCAGCGCUCUGGCGGCCUUGUUCAUCUCAGCUCUCAUCAUCUCCGUUAUAUUUGCCAUCAUCCCUUUGUGCCACAAUGUCCUGGUGCUGGCAAUUGCUCUGGCUGUUUCUGGGCUGGCAAUGGGUGUCAUUGACACCAUUGCUAAUAUUCAGCUGGUGACCAUCUAUCAGAAGGACUCUGCUGUUUUCUUACAGGCUUUGCACUUUUUUAUCGGGUUCGGCGCCCUGGUGAGCCCGCUGAUUGCAGAUCCUUUCCUUUCUGAAAGUGGGUUUGGGAACCACACAGGGAACGGGACUGAGAUCAUGCAUCAUUUCAGGAGCAUGCUGAGAAACAGUCCAAUUGUAGACCACAACAUUAAUCAGACUGACCAUCUCCAUGAGGAAAACAAAGAAUCCACUGUACAUUAUGCUUUUUGGAUCAUGGCAAUUAUCAAUCUGCCCGUGCCCAUUGCAGUCCUGUUCCUGAUGUACCGGGAGCAGCUGAUCCCGUGCUGCCCCGGUGGUACUCCCCGUCUUCUGGACAAAGAUGAGCUUGCAAUGGAGAACCAGCAGGAGGCUGAAGGCCCUAACUCUGAGCAGACGGAGCAUGAUGUGGGAGGCCACGGGAGCAUCUUCAGCUGCUGUCAGAAUGAUAGCAUGCGCGGGAUGCCAGUCUCCUUCUUUAUGAUUCAUAUCCUGGGAGGAAUGGUGCUCUUUAUGACCGAUGGCAUUGUGGGCGCUUACGCUGGCUUUGUGUACACGUACGCCGUGGCUCCACCAAUGUCGCUGCCCAAUAAGACGGCAGGUUACCUGGCGAGCAUAUUCUGGGCGGCGAUCACAGCUGGGCGUCUCUUGUCGAUACCCCUCUCGUACCGCUUCCAGCCCGUGAGACUGCUCAUGUUCAACCUGGCUGGUGCGAUUGUCACCGUGUUGAUGCUCCUCAUUUUCUACACCAGCAGGGUUUUUCUGUUUGUUGGAACCUGCUUAUGCGGCCUCUUCCUGAGCAGCAUAUUCCCGUGCAUGCUUGCCUACACAGAGGAUAUCCUUGACUAUCAGGGAUGUGCAACUUCAGUUCUCGUUACGUGUGCGGGAAUGGGAGAGAUGGUGAUGCAGGUCCUGGUUGGCUCAAUUAUUCAGUCUAAAGGUAGCUACAGCUUCCUGCUAUGUGGGAUGAUAAUCGCCUGCAUUGGUUUUAUCCUCUUCAUCGGCCUCCUGCUGUUCCAAAGAAUGCACAGAAACUACCUCACAGGGACUUCAAAGAAGUCGGCAAUGGUGGAAGAGCCAGAUACAUCCGAGCAAAAUGGGACAGCCAAAACAGAGCAAACAGAGAACAAAGAAAGCAGCUGAGAGGAGCAGCAGCGGUUUUUAAUAUCCUGCUGGUUUUUAUUCUGCUGUGGAGGAUAAAUAUUGCAACCAUUAACAAAGACUUUUUCAACCGACUCCUGAAUAAGCAUUUACUCAGGUUAUUAUCUGUUAAAACAGCUUAAGCAACAUCUUAUUGUUGAAGAAAACACCUAAACAACAUAUUUUUAAAUUCCUCUUUGUAAAUCGUUUCUAAAAAAACUUUGAAUUUGUGUUUCUCCAUAAAAGUUUGGGGCCAUUUGAUCUGUUUUUUCUGGUUAUUUUCACAUAUUUUACCAUGUGUGUGUAUAAAUAUGUAAUAUAACACUAGUUGGUGCAGUUGUGUGCUUUCAUUGGUUUUGAAAUGCUCUAUUUGGCGUCUGGUUUUACAUCAAUCCAACAUACCAAAGGAAGAACUUUGUACUCGGAAAUGUUAGCUCAAGAGAAACAAGAACAAAUGUCAAACUGCUUCUUUGUCAAUCUGUAACCCCCACCAACAAGAAACUUCUCGUCAUGGUAUUCAUGUCAAAAGCAACAAGUGACAUGGAGAAUAGUCAUUUGUUCCUUCAGCAGCACAGAAGGGAGGCUAACAAACAUGAAGUACUUUUUAAUAGUACACACUUUAGUACUUUGGUGACCAAUAAAUGUAGAUUUUUCUUAAAUCAGGGGUUGGAAACCUGCAGCUCCUGA